UAUCAAACGCAUAGUCGUUAACUGUCAGGCAAACGGGGUGCGCGAGCAUUUGUUUCAAAAAAUCUCCAAACGAGAAUCAAACCCGAAGUGAAGAAAUUGGAUCGAGCCCGCUAGGGAGAGAUCGAUCAAAUUGCUCCUUGGUUGUUUCAGUCGUAUAGCGGAAGAUAGACGAACGUGUUAGGUGACGUGGAAAAAGCGGAAAUAGUAGUGAGAAGUGCAUUCGAAAAUCUUCCCUAGAGUGGGUUAAGAGUUGCCAGAGUGAAAAGAGAAAAUAAAACAAUAAAAGGUUUAAAGGAUUCUUUUCGAGUGAUUCUAGUCUGAAAUCUAGGACUUUGUGAUUAUUACAAUAAAAAAAGUGGUUGUGCAAGAAGAAAAUGCAUCGUUUCAUCGCAGUGUUGGCGCUAGUCGCAGUGGUUCAAGCCCUAUCGAUCGACGAUCGCACCGUGGAUGUCAACAUCAACCUCGAGAAGAACUCCAACACCUACUUCCAAAGCAAACUUAAGGAGGGAUCUUUCCAGUAUGGAUUGGAUGUGGUGGAACCGAUUGACCAUCACUUCCAGCACAAGGUCAAAGGCCCGGACGGCGUCACGUACGGAUGUUACGGAUUCGUAGAUCCCGAUGGCAAGCCUCAUUUGACGCACUACGUCUCGGACGUGAAGGGUUAUCGAGUGGUUCCACCAAAUUCGGCCACCAAGAUCUACAUCUCCCGGUUGGAAACAAGCAUAGACAACAUCUACAAAGCAUCCCAAGAAAAGAGCGUCCCGUGGAAGGAUCUGUUCUUCCCACCGGCAUGCAGAACUCUGUACGAUGACUUGGUGAAGAAUGCCGCAGUGACUCAACGUCCCACGACGGCUCGUCCCACAACUCCCAGAUCUACAACUCCCCGUCCCACAACUCCACGUUCAACGAUUCGUGCCACAACUCCUAGUACCACUCCAGCUCCCGUUUCGUUCGAACCUGAAUUCGGAGGCAGCAACGUGCACGAGUCCUUCGUCCCCCACAAUGCCGGCGCAGCCUGUUCCCAAGCUUUCGAUGAGCUCAAGGGGGAACUGCAGGAAAUCAAGUCCAAGCUGAAGAGCCUUAUCGACAGUCUGGCACGAAAGGCAGCCGCCGAAGACACAAUAAAGUCUUCUGGAAAUGCAUCCUACGCGUACUUCCCGGUUAUGUUGAGUAACAAUCUUCCGGAAGGAGUCCCGUUCGGACAGGCAUUCCAGUGUGGGCGACAAUAGGCAGGCUGUGAAAUCGACUUCAAGAAGCUUUACAGGUUUCGAUGAGAGGCAGUUUGAGUGCAAUGUACAUAAUUUUGAAUAGGGUACUAGGUGUAGGUUGAAUGAGUGGGAAACUGAAUGAAUGCUUAGGUUAACUAUGUAAAUUAGUUCGAAGUAUGAAUUAAGAAAUAAAUGUCAAAACUAAUCAAUCUCA